CCAGGCUUAGAAAUCACUUGAUUUAACUCAGUAGCACUUUUUCUUUCCUUUGUGUAUGUGUUACUCUGCAGUCAUCUCUAAAUACUCAGGACAUUAGAUUCACAUCAGCAGAAGGAGUCAAUAAUCGCAAAACUAUAAUCUGUUAGAAAAAGGGUUACUUUGCAGGAUUUUAUACUGUAAGAGGGGAAGUUUCAAUGUGCUUUGAAAUAAAAGAAGAAUUAAUUGUGCUUUUAAUCUUCAUGUGUAGGAGAAGCUACAAGUUGGUAAAUAUUUAUUUCAAGAGUCGUGACUAGGAAGCACUUGGAAAUGUAUUAGAGAAGUAAAUGUUUUUCCAGGCAAGGACAGGACCUGCUUGUACCUCUGUAGUUCUGGGUAACGUGUGAACACCCUUCUAGGUGACAGGCUGAGGGAAGGGAUACCCUGCUAUCCUGGAGCCGCAGCCAUACUGCCAGUAUCAUGUCUACCAUACAAAGAAAAGGCAGUAGCCACCUAUUCAACAGUUUGCACACCUGUAGACUGAAGCUUCCUGAGGAACAGCAACAUCAAGAAAAAUCUAUCAUUGCUCAACCAAUAUUUGUUUUUGAAAAGAGAGAACAAACUUUUAAGAGACCUGCAGAAGACAUCCUAUGUGAAGCAGCAGAACGUGAAUGCAAUGAGUUUUCAAGAAAGCGUGCCCGGGCUUCAUCUUUUACUUGGCAUACUACAGAUUCUCAGAACCAAGGAGUGAAGAAAAACAAUGUUUUUAUGACAUCAAACUCAGUGCAAAGGAAUGCUGAUCUGAACAGUGCGGAACAAGGUCCCGUGAAACAUUCUGAGCUUGUUCUAAGACCUGCUAUUUUGCAGCCACCUCAAGCUCAAGGGUAUAUAAAAGUGAGAAAAUCAUUUGGACACAAUGUGUUGGAAUCCUGUAAGGUUAAAGAAAAAGACAAAAGUAAGAUUUAUGAGGGGAACUCUUAUUUGCUAAGUGAAAACUUACCAAGUGCCAGAAUUUCAAUCCAGGUGUCUACUAAUCAGAAUGCUUUAGAUACUACAUCACCACGAUGUCAACCAAAUGAAGAUAAAUAUUCUAUGAAAAGCUGCAGUUCUGAUUUUGUUUUUGGAGAAAACAUGGUAGAAAGAGUUUUGGGUACUCAAAAACUCACUCAGCCUCAACUCGAAAGUGAUUCAUACAUCAAGGAAAAACCAUUCAAAUUCACUCUAAAAAUUCCUAUCAACUCUCCAAACUCAAGAACAGACACUAUUGAAAAUAUAUCCCUAAUUGAAUCAGCUACUGCUUUCUCUUUUAAACCAUCACCAAAAUGUUUGCUGGAGAAAAUUGAUAUUAUAACAGGGGAGGAGGCAGAACACAAUGUGUUAGAGAUCAACUGCAAGCUUUUUAUAUUCAACAAAACAACACAGUCCUGGACUGAAAGGGGCAGAGGAGCUUUGAGACUGAAUGACACAGCAAGCAGUGAUUGCGGAACAUUCCAGUCAAGAUUAAUUAUGCGCAAUCAAGGCAGCCUGAGGCUGAUUCUUAACAGCAAACUCUGGGCUCAGAUGGAGAUUCAAAGAGCAAAUCACAAAAAUUUACGAAUAACAGCUACUGAUUUAGAAGACUAUAACGUCAAAGUGUUUUUAAUUCAGGCCAGUGCCAAAGACACAGGACGUAUGCACGCAGCCAUCCAUCACCGUCUUGUUGCACUUCGAAGCUUUGACAAGCAGACAGAUGCAGAUCAAACUGAAAGCCAGUCAGAGACAGUCCUCCAACAGUUUAACUAUGAUAGCUGUGAUGAGGAUGAAGAGGAUCUCAUCCAAGCUACUAAAGCUAGAUCAGGUAAAGGACUUUUUUUCUGCUGGUUUGAGGUUUAAGAAGGAGAUCUUAUUCACAACCCUUUAUAGGAAACAGAUUUUUAGACGGUGGAACUUGUCUGUUCAAAGUGGGUGAGGGUUAGAGCCUUAGAUGUUUGGAUCUGAGAAGCAGGUCUGAAAAUCAGACUUCUACAGUGGCCUGUAUUGGGAUUUCACUAAAAGUCAGUCUUACUGCAAUACCUGCAUAUCGUCUGUAUAUACAUCUCAUAAAAAAACCCAUAUUUACAAUAUAAAGUAUUCACUGCUACACUGAAACUAAUCAUAUAUUCAUAUUUCUCUUCACUUGUUCUCAUUCUCCUACUAUUGGCCAUAAUAAGAGAAAUUAUAAAUACUGGUAAUGGAGCCAACAGUCAAAUCUGGUUUGAAACUUGAUAAACCCUGCUUAUUCCCUUUUCAGAAUUUGACUGCUGUAUUUUCAAAGACCUUCUUUACUUAAAGCAAAAAGUGCUGUUUCUUUUAUUACAUCAGGAUUGGUAAAUUGAACAAGCAGUGGAACCACUGGUUAAUGGAUUUUUAGGUUUUAGUGCUUGUCCUGAUGAGCGAAUUUAAAACUAAAAUCCAUCAUUAUAUUUGGAGAAAAACCUCGUCAAGGAAACAAUAAGCCCAGCUUUAUUAUACAGAUAUAGCUAUUCCAAUAAAGU